AUGGCUACAGGCGCGGGAGACUGUCCCAGUAAGGCCGUGCAGUACCGGGUGGAUCACCUCCUCAGCGCCGUGCAAAGUGAGCUGCAGGCCGGCAGCGAGAAGGGCGACCCCACGGAGAGGGAGCUGAAGGUGUCUCUGGACGACAGCGAGCUGUGGCAGAAAUUCAAAGACCUUACCAAUGAAAUGAUAGUCACAAAAAACGGCAGGCGCAUGUUUCCCGUGCUGAAAGUGAACGUGUCUGGAUUGGACCCGAACGCAAUGUACUCUUUUUUGCUGGAUUUCGCGUCUGCGGACAACCACAGGUGGAAAUACGUGAACGGGGAGUGGGUUCCUGGGGGGAAACCUGAACCUCAGACCCCCAGCUGUGUGUACAUCCACCCGGACUCCCCAAACUUCGGGGCGCACUGGAUGAAAGCUCCCGUCUCCUUCAGUAAAGUCAAACUCACAAAUAAACUCAACGGAGGAGGCCAGAUUAUGUUAAAUUCCUUACACAAAUAUGAGCCACGCAUCCAUAUAGUUCGGGUUGGAGGCCCGAGGAGGAUGAUCACCAGUCACUCCUUCCCCGAGACGCAGUUCAUUGCAGUAACGGCGUACCAAAACGAGGAGAUAACUGCGUUGAAAAUAAAGUAUAAUCCUUUUGCCAAGGCUUUUCUCGAUGCUAAAGAGAGGAGUGAUAACAAAGACCUCAGAGAAGAUGUUAAUGAAAACCAGUCAGGGUACUCUCAAUUAGGUAGCUGGUUUAUUCCAGGCACUGGCUCACUCUGCCCUCCUGCCAGUCCUCACAGCCAGUUUGGGAGUCCCAUUUCCCUUUCACCGUCUCAUGGCUGUGAGCGCUAUUCCACCCUGAGGAACCAUCGCUCGGCCCCUUACACCAGUCCAUACGCACACCGGACCAACUCGCCCAACAGCUACUCUGAGUCUUCACCCUGCCUAUCCAUGCUCUCCAGUCAUGACAACUGGUCCAGUCUGCAGAUGCAAGCACAUUCAAGCAUGAUGCCAAUCGCUCAAAAUCCAACCUCAGCUACAAACUCAAGUCAGUACACCAGCCUGUGGUCUGUCAGCAACUCCCCCCUGACUCCAGUGUCCCAGAACGGGGGAGUGAACAACUGCCUGAGCUCCCAGUUCCUCCGCGGGUCCAGCAGUCACUACCCCGGCCUGUCUCACUCGGUCGCAGCGCCCCCUUCUGGCGCUUCCAUGUACGACAGCGGCGCGGCCGCAGAAGUGCACGACGGCUCUCAGUACGAAGCGUCUCCACCCGGACGCCUCCCGUCAGCCUGGACCCCCGUGACCCCCCCAUCCCUCUGA